AUGGUGAAGGACUUUUUCCUUUUAUUUGUUGUGUGGCGUCGACAUGUGAAAGCGCUGGGGAAACCGUGGUGUACCGAAGGAAGAGGGCAGGAAAAAAAAAGAGAAGUACCUUCAUUCUCUUCCCUUUGGGACAUUUUUCAUCUUUGUAACUCGUUGUUUGUACAAAUCUGUUGUUUUGGGCAGAAAGCAAAUGGAAAAAUAGCGAAUUGGAGUGGGAAACGUACGGAAGUGUUGUCAAAACGUGCUUUCUGGACUGUUGACAAAAAAUACUUAACCCCCCCCCCCCCCAAAAAAAAAAAAAAGAAAAAGAAGGAAAAGAGAAAGUAG